AUGUUACUUAACAACGACGCAUUUAUUUGUGCUAUUUUUUUGGAUGGUAGAAUCAAUGCAACACUGGCUGAACAUCAGCAACUUAAUGCAAAAAGAAAACUGUUAGAUUUACAUCUUCAUUUGCAAUAUUUGAACACUGACAAAGAAAAUUUGCCUCCUUCUUCUUCUACGUCUGAUUCACAAACAGAAACAGAUAGUGCUCGAACUUUGUUAGAAGAUUUUCUUAGCACAAAGUAUGUGGAGGCUCAAAGUGAUAUUCAGAACCUUAUAAGACUAGGAACUGAUAACAUGCGCCCACAUGCAUUCAAAAACUUGGAUGACUAA